ACUACCGCGCACGAGGCGGAGCGGUCAAGCGAGUUGGGGCGGAUCGAUGCCUCGGAAGGCUGUCGUCUCGCCGGCAUUGUUCCCCUCCAGAAUCAGAUUUAUCUUUUAAAAUGUAAGUUUGGUGGCCGUGUGGCUCAGAGAUCCAGCCAGGGGCGCAGCUAUAAAGUGUUUUCCCGGCACCGUGUGGGGAUGACGACGACGACGAUGAUGAUGAUGGCGGUGAUGCAAUGAGACUCGGCGAACCCAAAUCGACCAAACCCUCGCUGCUACAUCGUUUGCUGUCCUCCCCCAACACCUGCGAUGAGCACGGGUGGCUACGGACCGUGCGAAAAAAGUUCAACACACACCAUGAGUGCAGUGGCGGUGGUGAUUCAACUGUGGCAGCCGCAAGCCUCCUCCUCCCAGCCAGCCAGCCCAACGUGCACGUGGCGGUGAUGUCGCAGUCGUUCGUGGUGACCCAGCAGCCCGGCGUGGCGUACGCCCAGCAAGCCCCGCACGCCCAGGAGAAGUGGAACUCGGGCCUCUGCGACUGCUGUGAUGACAUGGGCAUCUGCUGCUGUGGGCUGUUCUGUAUGCCGUGCCUCGAGUGCCGCGUGGCGAGUGACUAUGGCGAGUGCUGCUGCUUGCCAUUGUUGCCCGGAACCAGCUUCUCCAUACGCACCGGCAUACGGGAGCGUCACCAUAUCGAGGGCACGGUGUGCCGUGAUUGGGUCCACCUGGCAUGCUGCUUUUCGUGCGCCUUGUGCCAGACUGCGCGGGAGCUCAAGCAUCGGCGCAGGCAGGCGAACGUGGUCACCUACCGUGGAUAAGAGGGCAUCGCCAUCAUCACCACCACCACCACCACCACCAUCAUGAUUAGCACCAUCAUCAUAGAACAACCAUCAUCACCUUCAUGAUCAUCAUCAUCAAUCACCACCAUCAUCAUAGA